AUGCUUUCAGGGUCUUCAGGGACUUCAGGGUCCUGGCCCUUCGCUCCCUCACUCUCGCUGUCGACAUUUUUCUACCUGUCACUCGCUCUUACCACGUCGAUCCUCGCUCAAGAUGUCCAACUCCGACCUACCGCCGCUUCCAGCACGUUUCCAGCCUGCGGGUUGACCUGCUCUGCCCUCUCACAAGCCGACGACUCGUGCACACCUCCCACCGCUCAAACGACCAAUCGACAGACAUACGUUUCAUGCUUCUGCCAGUCAGAUUUACUCAAGAACCUCCAGACUACUGCGGCAGGCACAUGUGACGACACCUGCACGAGUUCCGACGAUCAACAGCUCCUGCAGCAGUGGUACGUCGACUUCUGCAACAGUGGAGGCGACACGGACAGCACUUCCGGUACGACGGAGGACUCGACGAGUAACAGCAACUCGGGCAACAACAAUAACAGCAGCAAUAACAACAACAAUGGUACCUCGAGCGCAGACUCUGCGGCAGACACUUCCAGUUCCUCCGCGGCGAAUCGCAGAGCUCCGCAGUCAUGGUGGGAUGGCCAUUACCAAUGGGUGAUCAUGGUCAUUGUCCUUGCGGUCGGAUUCACCGCUAUAGCCAUCCUCGGCAUCUGGCUCAAAAAGCGACACGACAGGAAACAUCCGCCAUACCAUGCCACCCAAGGCGCAAGCGGCAGCCGUGUAUUCAACCAGGACUCCCUCGGACCGGAUCUCGUACCCCGCGCUCGCUCUGUCAACACAGUUUCCUUCGCUAGCAGCUCUCGCACAAAUGUUGGUCCGCCGAAUCGACAAGUUCCUACACCGUCGCCGCUGCAGAACGCGCAGGGGGUAGACCACGAUGUUGAGGUUAGGGAAGCACCGCGAUAG